CACACAUUGCCGCAGAUCAGAUGGCUUUCACGAACAGUGUUGAAGAAAUCCCGUUCGGCAGCAUCGAGCCUGAUCUUGGCGCACGUUCUCCUGCUCGAAGGCUCGAAGACAGCUCUCCAGGGCGCAGUAACUAUCAUUUUCAGGCUACCGCGUACCAUCUUCAGUAUAAUUCUGCAGUUUCGAACGAUCAAAGGCCUUUGCUCGAGGACGAUACAGCCUCAGCUAUAGACACUCAAAACCGAAAGAAUCUGUGGCAACGGCUGCAGGCUUGGAUAGCCAAGCGAAAGGAACGAAGCCGUUAUCAUGGAUGGCGCAUGGGCGUUCUGAUCGGAUGCUGCAUGGCAUUCUUCGUUCUUUGCUGCAACGUCACUCUUCUCCUGAUAGGCGCUACUCGUCCGGGUGGCUUCAACGACGACGGUUUCGCAAAUCUACUUUACGGGGACAGGGAACGCAUCUCCUGGUACAAUGCAGCUCUCCACAUCGGUAUCAACAUACUAAGCAGUUUGCUACUGUCUGGAAGUAACUACACAAUACAGGUCAUGAGUUCACCAACACGAGAAGAGAUUGACAGGGCACAUCGUCAGGGAGAUUGGCUUGCGAUCGGAUUAACAAGCUUUCGCAACUGGAAACGGAUCUCGAAGAAGCGCGUAGUUCUUUGCCUCAUUCUGAGCCUAUCUUCAAUUCCCUUACAUUUAUUUUACAACGCUGCUACCUUCAAGGUCCUUGCACAGAACUGGUAUACCGUACGGGGUGUCCAUCGCUACUCCUCUGAAUACGAGCAUCAUGCCACCAACACGUCCUACGUCAAUCUCUCAAAUACGCAAUGGAAAGAAGACUUCGUUACUUUCAACACAAGCUACGAUUAUACAGAACUCAUUAUUGUAUACGACGAAGUUGCUUCAAAGAUGGCCCGUACAAUAGCGGACAACUCCACCGUCGAACGGCGAGAUUUGUUAGGCGCUCUUCGUCCUCGUCCCCACUCCGACAUUUCCUUAGCAGACCACAUAAACGCAACGGAUUGGCUUUCGCCUCUGCCGUACUUCAAUCCCGAGGACGGUGCUGAAAUACAUGUUGCGCAUGCAUUUGCGAUUCGUGCUCACACGCAAAGUCGAAUCCAACUGAGUUUGUACUUCAUAGUGGUUGUCAUUACAGCAAAUCUCUUCAAGCUUCUCAUUAUGCUGAACAUUUUGUUUAUAGAUCGAUCAAGGUACAUAGUCACGUUGGGUGAUGCUGUGGCGUCUUUCUUAUCUUCUCCUGACCCAACUACGGAAGGACGAUGUCUAUACGAAGACAAUGAUAUUGUCAAGCAGCGCGAACUGUCUACUCAGGCGAGCAGAACUCAGGACAAAAACACAAACAGUACAACGAAUGACCGGAGGCCACACUCGGUAGCAAACACCGGUUGGCGUGUACGGAAACUGAGCUAUUUCACACUCAUCCGGAAUGAACAUGCCAGACUUAUGAUUCCAUUCAUACUUAUGAUCAUCGCUAUCUCGUUCGGCUUCAUGUCAGACGCGAAAGGCGGUGCAUGGGCGUGGGGCGUUGCAUCCAACUCCGUGCUAGAAUUCACGAUCAGACCGGUAACCGCCACUAAUCUCACCGCUUGGCUUGCCAAUAUGCCUCAGCUCGCACUGUCGUUCUGCUACAUGAGCUUGAACAGCUUUUGCACAGCCAUGGCAGGAAUCCAAGAAUGGAACAAUCUAGGCGCUACAAGGAAGGGACUCCGCGUCAGCGACUCCAGGGGCGAACAACGCAGUACUUACUUCCUUCAACUUCCGUACAAAAGGGCUGUCCCCCUCCUAGCUGUGAGCACGGGUCUCCACUGGCUUCUUUCGCAAACGUUCUUUCUCGUGCGGAUCGACGUCUUUAAAGGCGACAAUCUAGACACAAGUUUAUCUCGUUCAGCGUGUGGAGCAUUGGGAGUUAGCUUUGCGACUUUCUUUGUCGUUUUCUUUGGCCUUUGGAUUAUCGUUCGAGUGGUGGCAAACCAGAAAUUGGUUACGCAUAUGCCCCAAGCCUCGUCGAACAGUCUCACUAUCAGCGCUGCUUGCCAUCCUCCAAAGGACGAUGUUGAGCCGCACUUGAAGCUGGUACAGUGGGGCGUUGUUGACAGCAGCGAAUUCAUCGAAGGUUACAGGCACUGCUCGCUUUCGUCACUGUCGAUCUGUAGGCCGGAGGAGGGUCAGCAGUAUUAUUAA